GAUGCUUCACAACCGCACAAUAAAAAAAUGUCCUAUACCAAGCUGUACGACCAGUCAGAGAGGGCUUCAAAGUCAAAGGCUCUGUCCUCUACCACUGAAGAAUGUUGAUCACCAAUUGCGGCUGAAAGUGCUUGGUAGAUUUAAAGUCAGCGGAGAAGAAAAACCUUGUCGAAAAUGCAGAUCUACAAUGAUGGCAUUUAUCAAGGAAGCGGAAGGUUCCAAAAUGCCAUUACCAGCCGUUUGUAGAACCUCCAUGAACAGCAACACGAUACCAUCACCAGCCACUUGCACAACCCCCGUUACCAACACGGCAUCAAUUGGGAGACCGCGUGUUAAUUACACAGAAGCCAGUGAGGUCACAAAAAGACGAAUGAAGGCUUCUGCAAGAAUGGUACUACAAAAUACAGUCGGCCAGUGCAAUAAAAUUUCUCAAGGAGAUGGGUUGGAAUUGCUACAAGAUGUCACUGCCAACACACGGAUAAACAAUUGCGCGAAUAAAGGAGAAAAAUAUCAACAGAAAAUAUCUGAGGUCAUGGAUGGUUUAUCACAAACAUACUGA